AUGACUUCCACUCAAGAAAACGACAUCAAAACAAACAUCGAGGCCACAGUAAAAAGCUACCUCGCAAGCUUUAUCGACGCCAAAGCUCAAAAUGACCCUUCCCUAGUCAAUCGCAACGUCAGCCCUGACUGCAUACGCCAGAUGCUCCCCACCAGUCUCAGCGGGGGUGGCUCCAUGAACAAUGAGGAUUACCAAAAGGUCUUUACCCAAGGUAUGGACUUUGCCGGGAUGAAGAAGAAUACUGCUUCUGAUAUUGUCAUCGACGUGCAUGCUCGCAAAGCGGCGGUUACGGCUAUCGCAGAGCUGGAGUUGCCUAGUGGAGACAAAUUCAAUCUGGACUUUGCCUGGUUUUUGCACUUGAAUGAUGAUGGGUCCAAGAUCAAGAAGAUUGUUGAGUUUGUAGAUAGUGACACGUUUAAGGGCAUGCAGCAGAAGGCGCCGGCGCCGAGUGAUGGGUGA